AUUCAUCAUCAAAAAAAUUCUGACUUACAAGCUCCCACCAUGAUGUCUCCAACAAAUAUUCCUCAUCUGGUCUCUUCGACAACGGUGAUCGGCCCCGGCACGGCCACCAGGUCAAUGAGAAAGGAUAUCACCAAGGAGGCAGUAAUAGAGGCUAUCAAACUUGGAUAUAGACACUUUGACACUGCCUCAUUUUAUGGAACAGAAGAGUCUUUAGGAAGUGGCAUAGCUGAAGCGCUUCAGCUUGUCCUUAUCAAGUCAAGAGACGAGCUCUUCAUCACUUCCAAGCUCUGGUGCACUGAUAAUCAUCCUCUUCAUGUCAUUCCUGCUUUACAGAGAUCACUUGGGACUCCGAAAUUAGAAUAUCUGGAUCUCCAUCUGAUCCACUGGCCAGUAAGUGCUAAACCUGAUGGGACUAUGAAGUUUCCAUUCGACGAAAACGAGUUGGUGCCAUUUGAUUUGAAGGGCGUGUGGGCAGAAAUGGAAAAAUGCAAGAACAUGGGACUCACAAAGUCCAUUGGAGUCAGCAAUUUCUCCACCAAGAAGCUUCAAAAUCUUCUCUCCUUUGCAAACUUUCCUCCUACAGUUAAUCAAGUAUUGACGAAUCCUUGUUGGCAACAAAAGAGGCUAAGAGAAUACUGUAAAGCAAAGGGCAUAAUCGUCACAGCAUAUUCUGCUUUGGGAGCCAAAGGAGCAAGUUGGGGUACCAAUGAAGUUUUGCACAAUGAAUUACUCAAAGAGAUUGCUCAGGCUCAUGGAAAAUCUGUUGCACAGGUAUGUCUGAGGUGGGCUUAUGAGCAAGGAGUGAGUUUUGCACUGAAGAGUUACAUCAAAGAGAGAAUGAAGCAGAACUUGGAGAUAUUUGAGUGGUCACUCGUUGAAGAUGACCAUGAAAAGAUAAGUCAAAUCAAGCAACUUCAUUCAUUUGACGGAUCUACUUCAUCACUUGAAGCCUUAUUUGAUGGGGAAUCUUAGCUUUAAUAAUUUGAUUACGAUAUGAUAUUUUUGGUUUUUGGAGCAAGUAUGCCUUGCGUGAUUUGAAUUUCUGCAAAGUAUUUUAUGAGUGUUUCAGUUGUAUUUAAUCAGUUGAUUAUCAGUAUAAGAGGAUGUAGCAUGCGAAUAUGAAGUGUAUUUCGUUCACAUAACUCAAGUUUCUUCUCUCUUCAAUGAAACA